AUGAUUUCAAACCAACUGUUUCAGACGUUUCCUGACAGCGAUGCUGAAUCUAAGACCAGAUUUACUGAACGCAGUACGGAUGGCACAGAACUCAAAAAGGACAAGGCGCGAGUUCGCUCAGCUAUACGUCGUCUUUUAACUGAAAGACUUUUCGGUUUGACAAAUGGCGAUCGCAGAUCAACCAGUGAUGCUAAAGGCUCAACCAGGGGUGGUGGUAGAUCAACAAAGGGGUCUGGGGGAUCAGCUGUUGGUGUUGGCGGAUCAACAAAUGAGACUGGCGGAUCAACAAAGGGGUUUGGCGAAUCAGCUAUUGGUGGUGGCGGAUCAACAAAGGUGUCUGGCAGAUCAGCUAUUGAUAGUGGUGGCGGAUUGUUCAACCAGGCAAAGCCAAAAUGUAUUCUCGUUGAAGAAUACAAUGAAUCUGCAGGCGUCAAGACAUCUGGAUUGUCAUCUGAUAGUGGGUUGCCUCCCCUGUCAGGAUCAAUCCCACCAUCAGUGGCGCCAGGCUCUACGUCAUAUCCACAUACGGGUCUUGGAGUUUCUGAUCAGUCUACUAUAUUAGCCGAUGGUCUUGAGAAAGAUAAAAUAUUUAUACACAGAGCUCAGAAAAGUCAUAUUCACUGGUUCAAGUCAGACUAUAAUGGUGGACCCGAGAGGCGCUUCCAAAAAAAUGUUGAUGAUACACAGAAACUGGUUGAGAUGGUGCCGAGUCCAUAUCACCCCUUAUCAGUUACGAAUCCGACCGCUCCAUUGACGUUUGUGUCCAAGAGAGACGUGAACGUAACCAAGGCGCCGAUAAGCUACACGGGCAGAUCCAGACAUGUAGAUGUCUUGUCCAUGGACGAAUGGAGGCUGAGAAAACUGCUGGAGGAACUGUAUAAGGAUAAGAAGUACAUGGAUCUACUGCUACACAAACAAGGCAAACCCGCAGAAGUAAAAGAGCUGGCACACUAUGGACGGGACUACCUGUUACAAAUCGCAGACUUUUGGGAGUCUAAGGGUAUUCUUGCGCCACGUCCAGAGCAGAAAAUCCCUGGCUCCCUGGCGCCUGUUCGUUCUAAAACAUCGUUGAGUUUAAAUGUACAAACCAAACACACGAAACCAGACGCCAGCAGACCCAGUCUAGAUAGAAAUAAAACUGUGUGUUAGGGUUGGUUGGUACUGUAUUUCAGUACAGACUCCAGUCCUAGGCGGAGACAUGUAAAGACGAAAGCCUUUUGUCUCGAUAACGCAUAAAUCUCUGUCCAGGACAGAUAGCCUAGAUAUAAUAACUGGACCUUUUUCCUAGAAAUGUGUGUGUGGACCUUAAAAGUGUAUUAUCUUAGUUGCAAAUGCAUAUUUACAUUUUUUUACAUUUACUGUUUUUAAUAAUUACUUGACAAUAUACUGCUCACAAAAUGUAGGGGAUAUUCCCCCAAAUCCUAUAACAUUGUAAUGAUUACAACAUUUAUAUCAACAUUAACAUAUACAUACCUUACAUGUGCAUUAGAUUGCAUUGGAUAAACAACAUGAACGAUGUUUUAAGUCUCACAAUAAAUGUAAUACCAGUCAGGGGUGGAUACAUUGAAAUCACAAGCUGUCAAUAUCGUGUUGGACUUACUCUAGCGUCAAUACAUGCAUUACACUUUUGUCGCAUGGUUCUUAUAAGGCGGCCUGUGGAACGCAAUGCAGCUCUUCCUGCAGUGCCUUGCCAAAUUGUACCAGCGUUUGUGGUUGUUGUUGACUUUGCUGAAUACGUCCACCAAAGGUAUCCCACACGUGUUCCAUAGGCGAAAGGUCGAGGGACAUUGCUGGCCAAAAAAGGUCUGGAUUUGAUGUCUCUGUAGAUGAUCUGUGACAACACGUUCACGGUUAGCACUAGCAUUGUCAUCCUGGAACACACAUCGUGCACCAUGAUGAUAGUAAAUAGUAGAACAUGACGAUGUGUGAUAGGUCUGUAGUACAGCCCUGUGAUUCUCCACUGACAAAUGUCAUGAUGAUUGCAGCCUAUGCCAUUAUUGACCCAUUUCCAUCUGGAUACUGUCAACCCCUCAUACGACCGUUAUUAAAGUCCAGACUAAACCUGGAUUCUUCGCAAAAUGGGGUGGGACGUAACCCAGUGGUAAAGCGCUUUGCUCGGUAGGUGUAAGACCACUACACCCUCUUGUCUCUCACUAACAACUAAUCACUAAACCCCUGUCCUGGACAGACAGUCCAGUUAUCUGAGGUGUGUGCCCAGGACAGCAUGCUUGAACCUUAAUUGAAUAUAAGCAGCAUGUUUUAAGCAGUUUAAGAACACAGUGAGAGACUUGCGCAAAACCAUUAGUUGUCGGUAUUCGGUCUAAAAAUGGUAUUUCAAUAUUCAAUGGAAAUUAUGAGUGAAUAUUCGAAUAUCAAUUAAAUGACAUCAAACCGACAUUGUUUUAUAGUCCGAACUGAGUUAUGAACUUUUACUAACAUCCAAAAGGCAAGUUACAACAGCAAAAACUAUAAUGCAUUAGUGAUUGGUAGCUAGGCUAGCUAUAUAUUUUGACUUCUCAUCAUCUGGUAUUACUGAAAUAUUAAUAUCAAAUUAUGAAAAACAUUAAAACAGUAUGACCGAAAACAAACAUGCACCAAGAAGCAUACAGCAAACCGAUAAAUUAGUUCACGUGGUUUUGGUUUUGUUUAUUAGUUUAUUUGUUUUGUUUUGUUGUUUUCUGUUUGUUUGUGUAUUUUUGUUUUGUUUUGUUUUGUUUUAUUUUACCAGGAAAUAUAGCAUUCUGAUAGAGCUCAACUUUAACCGACACCAAGAUGUGCUUUGAACUGCCGACUAAACACGGAUCUAUUUAACAACACCCAGACACGUUACAAUAUGUAACAAGAGAACAAUACAGUGAUAUAGUUAACAUACAAUAAUGGUGCAUUAUACAAUUGAAUAAAUGAUAAUAUUAAUAUACAAUAUCAGUAUUAUAAAGUUAACAUAGCAGGUUUCGUUAGGAAUGUUAAAUCAUAUUCCUGUUUCGAGCGGUAAUAGUACAUUUUACGUACACAAUUUAGUUAUGUACAUGAGAUAUAUAAGAUAAGAGAGAGACACGCAUUCUUGUCAUUGAAUUAUAGCUAUGUGGCAAAAAAAACCACACUUCAUUUUAGCUUAUUAUAGUUUUAGUAGGUAAACUGUUGUGAUACUCCCGGUCUUUAGUUUGUGUCUGUGCAAUGAAGUAACACACCAGCCUAAUUUUGCCAAAGUUUGAUUCAGGUUUUAUGGUUUUAUUCUUUAUAUACAUUAAAUACCACUCUUAAUGUUGUGUAUGAGGUUUUCUUUUCGCUGACUGUUAUUAUGUUUCUGCUGAAGAUAUUUAUAUAGUCUUUAAUUUAUUAAUAUAUUUUUGUUACAUUUUCUUAUAUUAUUAUCUAAUACACGUAUUCGUGUUUGUAUAAAUGUAUCCAUCAUAUGUGGAUCUAGUUUCGUUUGAAGAUGCGUGUGAAUUUAAACUGACGUUUUCUAUAAUAAAAUGUAUAUUACAGA